AUGGGUAGCCAGGCUCUUCCACGAGUCCGCAAGUUCUCGGUCGAUACGGACCCCCACCUGGUAUGGCAGACGGUACAAACGGAAGGCGCAGCUAUCAUCUCGAGAACAGUCCCUCUGGAUGUCGUAUCUAGAUUCAAUGGUGAAAUGGAAGCACAAGUCGAGUCCUGGGAAGACGCAGAAGCUAAUGGGUGGAGGAACUUCUCACCACACACCAAAUUCACCAAUGGUCUCGUAUGGAGAAGUCAUACGUACCGACAGGACAUCCUCAACAACGAGGUGAUUCAUCGACUCUGUAAGUCGGUCUUUGAGCAGAACGGGGACUACUGGAUGGUCAGCAACGUAUUCCGACAAACGCAGUCUGGACACCCGGCCCAACCUUGGCAUAGGGACGCCAACGGCUGGCCACUGGUCAAGUUUCAGCAGCCUGAAGCACCCCCUUUGACCAUUACCAUCAUCAUUCCUACCACGCCCUUCACGGAAGAGAAUGGAGCCACAAGAAUCUACUUUGGCAGCCAGCACUGGAAAGGCAUCGACCCGCCGGGUGGAAACGCCCAAUACACCCUGGCGGAAGCUGAUCCCGGAGACAUGCUCCUCAUGCGUGAAGGUAUGGUACACAGCGGUGGAGCACACACCAAGCAGGCGCCAGACGAUCGUGGGAUGCUAUUGUUGAGCAUUGCUAGUUGCCAACUGAGCAUGUUCGAGAGCCCACUUGGCUUGGAAAAGGCGCUAGUGGAGAGCCUCACCCCUCUGGCCCAACGAAUGGUUGGCUGGCGAACCGCUUAUCCCCUCAACAGUCCUGUUGGCAUCAAUACAUAUCGUUCAAAGCCCAUUGAGGAGAAGUUGGGCCUCUAA